AAUGCUUAUGAGAAUAUGUGAUGAAGCUUAACCCAAAACGACAUGUCAUUGUGCUCUAAACGACAACAAAACAGCUCAAAAACAAUGGCGGAAACUGUCCAAUGAAGAACAAACAACUCUUUCUUCUUUUCCUCUCUUCUCUCUAUUUCCUAGCUGAUUUUUCUUUAACUUUUUCGCAUUGGUAUGUAUAAUGGAAGCCCAAAUUAAUGUUUCCGAACCAGAAACUAAUCCUCAGACUAUGGAUUCCGAUUCUCCAGGUGGGUUUGAUGAACUCAAUUUUCAUGAAAUAGUUAACGAAGGCUCAUUGAACUUUGAGGAGUGGAUUUCACUUAUUACAAAGAUUGAGAGAGUUUAUCCUGAUAAUAUCGAGAAAAUUUGCUUAGUUUAUGAUUCCUUCUUGUCCGAGUUUCCUUUGUGCCACGGAUACUGGAGAAGGUACGCUGGUCAUAAGGCCCGCUUGUGUGAUGUAGGCGAGGUUGUUGAAGUUUUCGAAAGAGCUCUGCAAUUGGCAACAUAUUCUGUUGGUGUUUGGGUUGACUACUGUAACUUUAGUAUGUUGGCUUUCGAGGAUCCGUCUGAUAUUCGCAGACUAUUUAGAAGAGGCUUGUCAUAUGUUGGUAAGGAUUAUUUAUGCCAUGCUUUAUGGGACAAAUACAUUGACUUUGAGUUAUCUCAGCAGCAAUGGAGUUUGUUAGCCCACAUUUAUGUUGAAGCUCUUAGAUUUCCAACUAAAAAGUUACAUCGUUAUUACGAUAGUUUUAAGAAGUUAGCUAACUUGUGUACCAAGGAGGUGGGAUGCGAAGCUGUGGAUUCAUGCUCGGGAUCUUCCCUCGAAGACGAAGUUCCUAAAAGUUAUACGACAAAUGAAAUUUCUUCCAUUAUCAACGACUUAUUGGAGCCAUCUAUCAACUUCACUAGGUCAAAAUCACUACUUCAGAAAUAUCUAUACACUGGAGAACAAUUGUAUCGGGAAGCAUGUCAGUUGGAGGAAAAAAUUAGCACUUUCGAGAUGAAGAUAAGAAGGUCCUACUUCCAUGUCAAGUCUCUUGAUGUUGAUCAAUUAGAGAAUUGGCAUAGGUAUCUGGACUUUGUUGGGAUGCAAGGAGAUUUCGACUGGGCCGUUAAACUUUACGAGAAAUGUUUGAUUCCUUGUGCGAAUUAUCCUGAGUUUUGGAUGCGUUACGCAGAAUCCAUGGAAAGAAAGGGUGGAAGAGAGAUUGCAACCUACGCUCUCAACCGAGCAACACAAAUUUUUCUUAAGAGAGUGCCAGCAAUGCAUCUUUUUAAUGCCCGAUUUAAAGAGCAUGAUGGAGAUACAAUUGGCGCACGAGCUGCACUUCUUCAUUGUGACGAAGAAUCAGAUUCUAAUUUCGUAGAAAAUGUUGCAAGGAAGGCUAACAUGGAAAGGCGUCUGGGAAAUUUUGUUGAAGCUACUAAUAUAUAUGAAGAAGCACUAAAAAUGGCUGAGCUGAACAAAAAUUUGGAUACUCUUCCUAUAUUAUAUGUUCACUUUUCUAGACUUAAAUACAUGAUAACUGAAAAUGCAGAUGCUGCAAGAGAUAUUUUAAUAGAAGGAAUUAAACGCUUACCGAGCUGCAUCUUACUUUUAGAGGAAUUGAUAAAUUUUGCUACACUGCAUGGAGGGCAGCGUCACAUACAUGUGAUCGACUCUGUCAUAGCUAAUGUAAUAUCUCCAGGGCCAGACGCGUCUCAAGGUUUGAAUGUCAAGGACGCUGAGGAUGUUUCGAGCUUAUAUUUAAAGUUUGUGGAUCUUUGUGGAACUAUUGAUGAAGUAAGGAAGGCAUGGAAUCGUCACGUUCGCCUUUUUCCAUAUUCUUUCAGAACAGCGGUUGAUGAGCAAUUCAAACAUGAAAAAUCAUCGCGAUUUGCUAAAGAGGGAAGAGAGAUUAACAUUGUCAUUAAGCAUCAACAGCCACCUGAAGAGUCUAAUCUUGACUCUCUUGUUCAGAUGCCUUUACAAGACAAAGAAAUAUCAGAGCCGAAGUUUCCAGCUCAUGAGAUUCAUGAUAUUCCGUUCGAACAAACCCCAACUAGUGAUCAACUUCCUUCUGAAGAAGCUCACAGUGAUUCGGGGGAGAAAGUGACGUUGCUUGCUCUUGAAGUUACCGAGCAAUCCAAGAAAGAUUCACCAGAAACAAAUGUAUCGUCGGUAGAUUUAGUAUAUUCCCCUUCAUCAAGUUUAAAACUGGAAGUUGCUGAAGGAACCGAAUCUUUACAAACUUUAAAUGAACACCCAAAUGGAAAUGAUCACAACCGAGCUUUCGGCCUUGAACCUCAGCGAGAUAUGAAGCCACUUUCAUUAGAAGGUAUUUCGUUACACCCUCAGGCCGAACCAUCAUCAGACUCAAAAUUUUCUAUGCCUCAAGAAACCUGCAUUUCUGAUGAAAGCAUGGUGGAGAGCAAUCAGCCUAAUAAUGACGAAGAUCAUCGUACGCAAAUCCAAAGAAAAGCCGAAGCUAAUUCCCCUCAAAUUGAAAAUGAAGUAGUCAAUCCAUCAUCUUCUAAGAGCUAUCACAAUCCUACUUCAACAAAACCUAGAUAUUAUCAGCAAAGUAAGCCUGCAAAUCGUGGAAAGAACUGGCACCGAGCAAAUAAUUCUAAAGUUCGUAAAGAAUCAAAAUUUGGAUUUCAAGGGCAUUUACAAAGAUCAUCACAUCAACACAGGAAAGGUUCUACACAACAACAACACCCCCAAGCUGGAUUGAGCGGUCUAAUUCCUAUCGGUCAAGUUAUCCCAUCUCAAAUUGCAUCCCCACAAAGCCAUCAAAUUCUGCAAGGCAGCCAAUCUCAAAUUCAGUUUCAAAUAACAUCCCCACCUCCACCGGUUACCUGGCCUGUGCAAAGUAUGGCGCAACCAAAUUAUGUGGCACCAUCUCAACCGGUACAAGGUAGUGAAGAGCAGGAAAUUCAAAACAACCAAGCAUAUAAUCAAAUGUGGCAAUAUUAUUACUAUCAACAACAAAUGUUAAUGCAACAACAACCUCAGCAACAGAAUUUGAAUAUGUCACAAGAAUAUCAGCAACAAUAUCUUCAGUGGCAACAGCAACAAUAUCUCUAUCAGCAACAGCUUCAGCAGCAGCCUCAGCAGCCCGACACACAUCAAUUACCACAGCAACCGCAACAAGAAGCAGCCAGACAAGACCAACAACAGCAACAAAGUACUCUGUCGAAAAUUCAGGAGUGGAAUCAAAACUGCUAUCAACAGGACCCGUCUUUGGAACUUGAUGGAAGCAAUCAAUCGGGGGUGGAACCAGCAGCAACACAUAACAUGACAUCUCAUUCUCAGGACGAAGCAAAGCCGCCAUUACAUACUUCUAGUGCAAGAGAAGCAAGUGAAACUGUUACAACUCUAAAUUCCAUUGAGCAAUCUCCGGCGAAAAAACAAUGACAUAUGUCAAGUCAAUGUAGGAUCACGAUGACUGAUGGAAGAAGGGAUUUAGAAACUUUUAGAGUAAUUUGGUUGAAAAGAUGAAAAUAGCAUUGCUUGGUGUUAACAUCUGAUUUUGCUUUGUAAUAUCAUCACAUAUCAAUGAAAGGUGGCAAUUGUCUUCUUUGUUUUUCCUUUAGAAAAAGUCUCGAAAAAUGAAGAAGAAUGAGAAUCUCACACCAAUAUGAUGUUACUAACUUUAACAUUUUAA